AUGAAGAAGGCAUCCAUUGCCAUCCAGGUGGAUGGGGUGCGGGCUCGGCGAAAGACUUUCAGGCAGAGUGGCACCAGCGCAAAGACGACCGCCGGACCCUCACGAGGGCAGGAAGAGAGGGAUCUCAUCCGAGCUCUUUCAGAGUUUGCGCCGCAAUCUUUGAAUGCAUUUGACGAUGCAUUCAAUCUUCUCGAUGGUGGGGUGGGAGUUGCUGUCAGCGCUGCAAUGGCUCGGCGUGCAGCACUCUACGGCGGCCGUGGUGAGCAGACCUCGGGUGGAGAAUCGCGGCACAUCUUGCUGUCCAAGCUCUCGUCUCGCGAAGCUGGGAGCCGGCCGGGCUUCAUGGACCAAGUGGUCGACAAGCUUGUGAAGCCCAAGGCAGUCGGUAAGGCCGUGGAGCCCAAGCCAGGUCUGAAACGACGUGGCAGUGGAGCGGGCGGAGCGAGCGGCUCCAGGCGGCCCUCACGCGAGUGGAGGAGGACUGACGAGGUUGAGCUUGACGAGACGCAGCUUCACGAGUGGGCCAAAUCUUGGCUGCAGCCGUCCAGUGUCGCGGACAUGUUGCAGGACUUCGGUCGCUUCCAAGAAAGGAUCACACAUCGAAUGCGGUGCUGGCAUGCUGGGCAGGCAGGAAAUGGAUUCGUUCCUCUGCCGGUGCUGCCACCAGUACCUCCUCAAGCUGCGACCAGCAGCAGACACUUGGUGCCGAAGCGAUGGCGAAGACCCACUUCUUUGCAAAAAGGCAGUGCUUCCGACAGCUUGCCGUCACAAGUGCACCAGCACAGCUUUGAAGAGGAGGACUCGGAAUCUGACUUGCCUCUUUCACCGGUGAAGUCCCAGAAGGAUCUGUCCAUGCUGAGUGUCAGCACAGGCUUCCCCAGUUGCAGCCGCAGUUUCCACCCACACGGGGUUUUCAGGGAGGCCUCCAUAGCUGAUUCUGUACCAGAGCAGAAGCUGCCUCUUCUACGCUGCCCGCCGGAGUUCCAGGAGCCUCAUCGAAUGCCACAUUGUGCGGCGCUCACAGCAACACCCGAGUUCCUCUAUCUUCGCGUUUGUGAGUUGUCCGGGCAACUACCCUGCAGCGAGGCUUGGUUGCAUUUCGGCAACGGCUGGGGAAUCAUCGAUGCAUCUGGUCGUUCCUUAUACGAUGCAGAUCUCCACGCGCUGGUUCGCACUGCUGUGAUUUGUGCAGCACAGGGGCACCCACUGCGCGAAUUAAACCUGAGUGGCAAUAAGAUGACAGAUGCAGGGUUCCAAGAGGUGCUGGCGCUGCUGCAGCAGUUCCGAUCGCAUGUGGGGAGGGAGGGCCGCACGAGAUGGCAGAGUUCUGAGUCUUGCGAGCUCGAGGCUGAAGCAGAUGGAACCCUGCAGCUGGAGUCUCUCAACGUGGCAUCCAACACCAUGCUCCACUUCCGAGAGCCUGGCCUUGUUCAGUCGCUGCCUACAUCCAUUGCAUCUCUGACUGCUUUGACUGCCUUGGACAUCUCGUUCGUGCCGUUCAACGGCAGAGUUGCAGUGAGCCUCGCACGCUCGCUGGCCACAUCCUGUGCCGUGCUCCGGAACCUGAGCCUGGCGGGCUGCGGCUUGGGCCUGUGCGGGCAGGCUGAUUGUGUCGCGCUUGCAUCUCUUCUUGGUGACUGCUCGCAGCCCAAAGAGGCAGGCUUCCAGGGCCUCGAACGUGCCGACUUCUCUGGGAACUUCUUCGGUGGUGCGGGCUUUGCUGCUGCAGCGAUGGCUGUGGGGCACUCCAGGAUCCGGAGCCUCGCGUUCGCCGGGAACAGCAACCCACCCUCCAGUGACAUGAGCGCUGCGGAAUGGUCCGCCCUCCUCCUUCUCAGGCAGCGAUCUCCAGACAGAGAGGUGGACAAAGAGAGGGAGCCGAGAGAGCCGGCCCCGGCCAUUGGGCAGAUCGCCUUGGCCGCCGGGCACAACCCACUGCAGCUGUUCUUGGAGGGGCUCCAGGCAAACAGCACCUUGGAGGAGCUGGACCUCUCGAGCUGCAGCAUGGGUGCCGACUCUGCCUGGGUAUUGCAGGAGGCCUUGCGCCGUCAUCAGAAGUUGAAGCAGUUGCGUCUUUGUGACAAUCCAUUGGGCGAGCAAGGACUGAGAUAUGUGCUGCGGCUCAUUACGGAGAUGGACCAGCACUUGCAAGGUGCGGACAUCAGUGGCCAUCGAGAGUCGGACAUCAGAUGCCCAGCUGUCAAGUAUCGACACGCCCAACCAUCCGGAAAUUACAGGCUCAAUCUCAGCCUGCCAACAGACCGUGCGAUUCUGCGGAUGCUGUUGUGCCACGCAGACUCCCACUCUUCCGAGAUGCCCCAUCGCUUCUUGAAGUUCGACCCGAAAACGGGCAGGCCCUCAGUGGAGAAGGACGCGAAGGGGUGUUGGCUGGUCCCCACUGUGGGCUCGUGGAACGUCACGUAUGCACCGCCCCUUUCUGAAGCCAGCUACAUGCAGUUGAAGGAGGCAGCGGAAGACGUGCAUAAGCCCGAGAUCGAACAGGCGCCGCCUCCCCCGUCGAGCCCUCGGGGCCGAUCCCAGGUCGGUCGAGCAAAACUCGAUGCUUCAGGCGACGAUGCGCUGUCAGUCCCCCAGGUGCCGCCGAUGUCUCAUGGCACCGGGCACCACGGCUCCGUCGCCAACGUCACGGAAGGGGCCCAAGGUCAAGUGGAGAAGGAGAAGCAGCGAGUGGUCCUUGCUCCAGGGCUCCCAGGCACACCGGAGGGAGAUUGGAUGGAGGUGCACGACCUGAUCCAGGACUGCCGUGCUAAGGUCAGGGCCCCUGCCUUCAACCUCUUCAAGCAAGCCCUUGCGGUGAUGGUGACGGAUGAGGAACGCCUCCGCUUCGCAAGGGCCUUGGGGAAGGAGCUUUGGUUUACCGAGGCGCAGGUCAAAGUCUUGACAGAGACAAGCGCUGAAAUGGCGGUACAACUCGUGUGCUUCUUGUUUCCAGCACUGCGAAGCCGGAGGUUCCAGUUGGCACUCGUGCAGCAGAUCACCGAGCCCGCGAAGAUGACAAAGGUAUGCGACUCUGUCCGUCACCUGCUUUGGUUCCAGGACACCAACCCCACUGGCAGUUACAAUCUGGACUUGUCUGUCCCAGUUGACUACGCCCUGGCAGAAUGCUGCCUUCUCGUGAAUGCCUGGGAAUCCGAGUCUGCGAGAUGCGCUGGUCGUCCGGACCUUUCACAAUCAGGAAACUUUGAGAUGAUACGCAAUGAGGCCUAUAAUGAUGUGCCUUUCGUGUACUCUAAGGACUGGUUGCUGCCGUCGUCUGGCUGGUUUCGCUUUGAGUACUCAUCUACGAGACGCCCUCCUCCAGAUGCAACAACCAUGAACGAGGUUUCGGAGAUUACCCGUCUCUUGAGGAACAAGGACCUCAGCAGCCAGUCGCGGCUGCAGGCCCUGAGAGCAGCCUCAGUGCACCUGUUCAUCUCCAGUAACCAAUGUAGAGCCUUGGUCCAGUGCUUCCCAUCUGCACCAGAAUCUUCGUCUCAAGAUGCAGUGAACAGUGGGACAGACGAGUCGCCAGAUCGACAAGAAGCCUUUUGUAUUCUGCACACGCGUGUGCUGGACCGAGAGCGUCUGCUAGGUCCCGAAGUGGUUUAUUCACCGGUUGUUGUGCAGCAGAUCGGCAUGGGUCACCGUGGGACCUCUGUGUUGGUCAGAGGAGGCAUGUUCAAGACUGGCGAGCUGGAGAUGAAGAGCGCGGAGGCGCAGAUCCCUACCUCGGUGGCCACUGCCCUGCAGGGUGCGCACGGCUCGAAAAAAACAGCUGGGGGCAGACGGGGAGGUUUGGCCAUUGAUCAGAAUCCGCUUUCCGCUUACUACAACUUUCUCAUCGUCUUCAAAGAGCAAGAUGUCUUGGCACUCUAUCGACGGCUGGGGGUCCUCCAUCUCCUAAAUCCGUACAAGCCGGAGAUUCUGCGAAUGCCUGUGGACUUAAGCAUCCACGAACAACACCGCAUUGUAAACUUUCUGGUGCAACUUGCCAGCGCGGAGACCGGGAGCCGUGUCCUGUGCUGGCUGGACGGGCAGCAGGUGGCGGUACCUGCAUCCUGGGCGGACAAAGGUGUUCCGCGAGCCCAUGCCACAAUCACCGUGUCGUACGAGGGGCACAACAGUUCAUUCGCAGCGCGGCAGGCUUUGGCCGAGCAGUACUGCACUGGUUUCUGGCAACCGGGUUUGGCAAAAUAG